GUUCUCCGAAAACGGCUGUGCUGCUGCGAAUGGCCGACCUGGCUGUCAUUCGCAAAAGAAACUUCCACUAGAGCGCUUGCAGAGCGCCCGAAGAAACCGCGCCAAGGAUACCCUUCCAAGGAAAGGGCCGCGAUCGUAGAGUUAAGGGGUUUUAUUUUUUUCGUUCUGGUGAGAGAGAAAAGAGAGCAGAGCCCUGUGAGCAAGUGAGCAGAACCGAGUGCGCCGAACUAAAGGGUGUGUGCAGGCAAUAUCAAGAAGAAAUAUCGGAGCAUUGCGUACGGGUGUACUGAGGAGUGAGUGAAACGGAGCACUACACACAGCGUAACCCGAUAGAGAAAGCGAGAAAGAGGCUGUGUGUGCAUGUGAUAGCGAGUGUGUGUGUGCGUGUUUGCACGAGUGUAUAGUAUAUCAGAAGAAGAGCAAGAAGUGCCACCGAGUGAAGAAGGUGGCAGAAAAUCAAUAGUCCUUCUUUGGUCCUUCGAAUCGGUACCCGAGUGUGGAGGCAAAAUAACGCAAAGAGUACGCAACCACUUCGCAUCGCCAGUGAGUGAAUGUUGCGGUGCACACGUGUGUGUUUGUGUGCAAGGUGGAAAGGUGCAAAAAAUCCGCUUAACUAAGCAGGCGGUGGUGUUGUAAAGCAACAGCAGCAGUGCUUGUGCGGGGUUUCUCGAAGUAAUUUCGGUUGAAGCAAAGCCAGCAAACCGUAGCAAAGCAGUAACAUCUCAAGGAAACGAGUGCUUAGUUUUGUUUCGUAACGCCAUCACCUCAAGUUUUAAUAUCACGGCACAGCGCCCAGCAGAGGUGCAGAAUUAUCAAGUGAAGGUGAAGUUUUUUGGUUGUUGUUGGUAGUGAGUUUUACCGAUUUCACUGCGAAAACAGCGCAGCACGGUGCACUGCGUUACCGGAGAUAGCCAAGUGUUCGCAAAACCACCAAGUGUGAUAGAAAGAAACCGGCCGAACGGAGUUACCAGACACUCCCGACGGCAAUUUGACGCUGACAACGACGGUACCCAGGAUUAUCCUCCAUUCCGUCGCCAAAGCAAUCGGAAGACUGAGGAAGAAGCAGAUCCAGCAGAAAACCGGGAAAGGAGCAGAAGACUGACCACAAGCAACACCGCGGAACAGCAGUCAGUUAGAAGCUGUUUUGCAACGCGUCGGAAAAAAACGCAAGGAUUAAUCCGUCGUGUGAUGUGUUGAAAAGAAGGGCAGAAUAGCAAGAGAAAAAAAGUGUGUCCUGUGUAUCUAGCGAGUGUGUGUGUGUGUGGGUGAAGAAGCAAAAAAGAAAUAUAUAAAAAAGCUAACAAGCUGCCACAGUUAGUUGAGAUGAAAGUGUGACAAAUCGCAUUUGCACGUGGAAAGGUGGUAACACCCUCAUAAGGGAGGAAGUGGAAACGAGUGUGUGUGUGUGUGUGCGAGAAGGAAGAGAAAUUACACAAAAAGGAAGAAAAUAAAAAUCGGUGCCAAAUGAAAUAGCAGUGACAGUGUGCGAUUCCGCGUGCCGUGUAUGUGUCAGUAAGCGAGGCAGUACUAAACUACCCAGUAAGCGGUGUAGGCCUUUCGGUGUGUUGUACGGUGUGUACGAAUAGUGUCAUCACCAUGGCUAUGGCAGCGUGCUAUCCGACCUACGAUCACAUGACCGGCGGCAGCAGAAAUGCAGGCAGCAUCGCGGCACAGCAGCAGCAGCUCCAGCAGCAGCAGCAGCAGCAACAACAGAGCCCAGUUGCGGCCACUAGUCAGCUGCAUCAUCUGUCAUCGCGGCUGUCUGCGGCCGCAGCAGCAGCAGCAGUUGCGGCCGCCGCCUCCAAUAUGGCGGUGCAGAAGGAUUUCAGCAUACCGCUGCACGUCGACUGCAGCGUGGAGUACGAGCUGCCGAACCAGGCGAAACCGCCGGUCGGUGCACGGGUGGAACCGCUGCUGAUGAUCCAUCCGUGCUACUUCCGCAAGAUGGAGAGUCAGCGGCGCAGCCCGUUCAUCAACAACAUGCCAAAUUCGUCCCGUAGCUCUAGUUCGUCGAUUGCGGCCAAGAAUGGUGUUAGUGGCGUUAGUGCGAGCAAUGUUGGUAGCGGUGGUAACAGUGCCAGCAAUGUCGUCAGUGGCACCAGUGCCUCGGUCGAUCCCUCGGUGAUAAAUGGUAGCUGCACGACCGGUGUAAACAACGUCAGCAGCAGCAGCGCCAGCAACAGCAGCCGGCGAAAUGCGGCCCACAAGUCGUCGUCCGCAUCCACCAGCAACCAGUUCCUUCAGCUUCAGCUGGACGAUUACGUUCAGCGCCAGAUGCAUCGCUCGACAGCGGCCAACAGUCAGCAGCAGCAACACUACGGUGCUGCCAACAACACAGUCACUGGUCAUCUGCAGCAACAGCAGCAACAACAACAGCAGCAACAGCAUCAUCAUCAGCAGCACCACAGUCGCCACCAGCAGCAGCAGCAGCAACAACAACAGCAACCUCACCACCAUCAUCACCAAUCGCAGCACCUCGCAGGCCAGUCCUCGAAUCAGUACAACCUCACCAACAACCAGUCCCAGUCUCAGCAGCAGCAGCAACAACAACAAUCUGCUUCUGUAUCAUCCUCCGACUGGGGCCGGUAUCACAUGGGUUCGUCUGAUUGUGCCAGCUCUGGUGGAGCGCCCGGUGGUGGUGCAGGUGUUGUUGUGCGCAAUGGUAGCAGCUACAGCAGCAAAGUAGCCAACGGUUACGGUGGCAACGGGUUAGCUGUCAGCAACAGCAGCAGCAACACCAGCAGUAGCAACACCGGCAACAAUAGCAACAAAUCCAAAAGUGUCACUAGCGCGUCCAUGAAGCGCAACGCAAGUAAUACGGGUAUCAGUCAACACCACCAGCAACAGCAGCAACAGCAACAACAACAGCAACAGCAACAUCAGCUUCAGCAACAGCAGCAACAGCAGCUCCUGAUGCCGGCCAGCUGCGCCGUGUACAACAGCACCGCCAACGGUGUCAGCAGUGGCCUGGUGGAAGGUGGCGGUGCAGGGCCCCGUUGGGGCGACAUCGAGAAGACUUCAAUGGCGGCGGCAGUGCCUCGCGAUUUCCAGGCCGGUCCCGAAUCACUGCCAAUGAAGGCCGGGGUGGUAGCGGCCGCUAACUUGCCUCCCCCGUCCUACCGCAGUGGGGGCAAGCGGGACGCGAUGCUAUCCGGUGCCGGCGGCUGUGCAGUGUAUAGUAAUAAUAAUAAUAACAGUAGUAGUAGUAACCGAAGCCACACCGGUAGCAUCAGCGGUAACAAUACGGCCGUCACCAGCACGACCGGCAUUCCCAGCACGGACCUCAGCCUGUGGGAGGCGGCAGCGAAUGGUGGUGCGGGUAGUACUACCAGCAACUCCACCACCCUGCCGGACAAGAGCUCGAUGACGGCCGCCAUACCGCGGGACUAUCACGCGGCUGGUCCGGAACAUCUCGCGGCUUGCAACAAACUGGCGGCCGCACGUCAACAGCAGCAACAGUACCAGCAACAUCAUCAUCAACAGCAGCAGCAACAACAACAACAGCAGCAGCAGCAACAACAUCACUCGCAACAGCAGCAACAUCGUCAGCAGCAACAUCGCCAGCAGCAGCAGCAGCAGCAGCAGCAUCAACAACAUCAACAACAUCAUCACCAGCAGCAGCAACACCUUCAUCAUCAGCAGCAGCAACAACACCAUCACAACCAUCAGGUUGCGGUGGCGGCGGCUGCUGCAGCUGCCGCUGCGGCCGCCGAAGCCUCGGAGAAGUUGCUGUUUGCGGCCAAAUAUCGGCAGCAUCAGCGAGCUUCACAUCGGCUACAUCCGUACAUGAUGAGCUCCAGCUUCACCCCGCUGAUGACGGCGGCCUUCCCUCCUAUGCAGCAGGUGUCCUGCUACAACGUGUGAUUCUAAAGCGGCCAAGAUGGAAGUGAGCAUACCAGUGUGUGUGUGUGUGGAAGGGAGGUGGAGGGGUGGUGGUGGUAGUUGACGAAAAAAGUGUUUGGUUCCUUCAGAUCGGUCAGAGAGGAUGAUGAUGUUGUUAGAAGGUGACGAGUGAUAAGCUACAUGUGGCCAAUGCGAAAAAAAAACAAAACAGUGAUGUUGAGCGAACGCUGUUGAAGUUGUGUUUUUUUUCUGUUUGUGUUUUUAUUAUUAUUUCAAUUUGGUCGUUGGUCGGGAAAAAUUGCAAGCGACCAUGAACAUAAAAAAAAUCAUGAAAGAUGUCCGUUGAGCGUUGAUGCGUGUGGGGCUUGCCGAUUAAACGACGGUCUGAAGAAAGGAAAAGGUAGCAGACGAAGAUAGGCUAAAAAGGGGUGACAGAACGCCUCGGUUUAAAGCAUGUAUAAAAUAGACAGCAACUUUUUUGUUGCAAAUUUAAAUGUGAUAGUAGUUUUUACUCCCAAAUAACUUCAAGCUAAAAGAUGGAAAAACUGGAGAAAAAAAUCCAAAUCGAAAGACUAGAGGAAAGAAUGAAAGAGGGAAGGAAAAGGAAAAAAAAGCAAAAACAAAAAGGAAAGAGAAGAAGUUAGAAAUAUUUGUGCGAAAUGAAUGGAAAACAUGGAAGAAAAAAAAAGGGAAAGUAGCCAGAAAGAUAAGCAAAAAUCACAUGACGUUCUUUCUGUUUUGUGUUUUUUUUUUGCAUAAUCGAAUAGCAAGCGGAGCCUUUUUGUUGCUAGGUGUUUUUGAGGAUAAACAACAAAAAACGACCGACGUGUCCGACGUAGUGAGUGUUUGGCUUUAAUGGAACGGUAGUACGGGAUAAUAUACAUAUAUCUAUACACAUAUAUCUUAACGAAAAUGGAAAAAAGGGACGAGCAGACAGGAGAAGCAACAUAACUAUCUAGCCUCAAAAUUCCUGACGUUUAUUUUUUUUUUCCUCUUGUUUUCUGUCACCACUACCUUCAGUGAAAGAGAGGGCGUAAACAGUAACUUGCAUGCAUUCAUAUUCAAGCAAAAAUCAACAUCAAAUCAACAAAAGCAACACAAAAAAAACAGCUAAAGAAACGAACAUGUAACCAUUAGACAAAAUAGCGCGAUAAUGCGUAAAGCGAGAACGUACACAAAGAGAAGUGUAGUCAUGAACUGAAAUAAAACGAAGCAGAUUAGCUAAGUUAGCAAAAAACAACAACCAAUCGUAACUAAAAACAAAAAAACAAACCUAUUUGUCUAUGUGUUCCAAAGAAAGAAGUUGAAACAGUGCGAAGGAGUUUUUUUGUUGGGGAAAGGUAUUAAAGAUGCUUACUAAACAGAGAGUGAAAGGUAAAAAAGCAACCAAAAAAAAAAACGGAAAACUGAAGAUAUCACGGUUACACCUAGCGAAAGAAUCGCCAAACGCUAAUCGAAUGGUUAACGCUUUUUUCGGUUCCGUUUUCACUAGUGUGUUGUGUUGGUUUGGUAUUUCGAUUCCAUCGCGUGUUUGUGUCAUUUGCUCGUAAGGUUUGGUUGUUAUCCUUCCACAUGGGGAUGUGUCUCGUUCUCUCUGUGCGUGAAUCCUUUCGUUGUUCGUUUUGCAUGCGUACAAGCCUGUAGAUGUAAAAUUGGUAACGCGUGUUUGUGUUGUUUUUUCUCUUCUUCUUCUUUUGCUCAUAUACUGUUCCGCAACAAAUCAAGGUUAUAACGUUUAUGACGCACGAAUCUAAGCUUUAGCUGAUCUGAACCUGAUCUGAUUCCUCGAUUUUUUUGUUUCUCCGUUGUGAUAGCUGAACAUUGCCAUAUGCCGGGGUUUAGUUUCAUGUUUUUGUUUUAAAUCAUGCACCAAACUAUUUAGAUUUAUGAAUGUGUGGUCUUAAAUAUGUAUCUUCCCGACAAAAAAAAUGUGACUUGUGGCACAGCCCACAUUUUUCACCCAAAAUCAAACGCCUGCUAAUCACGAUUACAGUUGCAUCAUUUGUUUUCUUUAUGUUCCUUAACAUCUUCCCGCAUCUUACGUUUCACCUGUGUUACCACCCCUUUCUGUAAAGUCCGUCAGUCAUAUUUCAUUCGACACUAGUGUGUGGUAUGCAGUAUUGAAUUAUGCUCCCACCCGUCAGCUAAAUAAACUGUUUCCCAGCGAACACACAUUUGUUUGUUGUACCGAAAUCUUGACCAUUCGAUUCCGCUACAUUUAUGAUUUACCAUUUCGCCCCCCCCCAAUGUUUGCUGCUAACGUUUUCGACACAAUAAUAGCCGUGCUAUAUCGAAAAUGGGAGUCGAUGAAGUCGGUAAACUGGUAAAACAAAAUAAAAAAAUAACGCAACUAUGCAUAGACAAAACUGUUAUUGCAUGAACGCUGAAAAUGUAUGCCAAUAAUAGAAGAAAAUAAAUAGCAAAAUCACUACAAACUUAAGCAAAGUAAAGCAAACAAAAGAAAAAAAAACAAACUUACUAAUCAAACCAUACGAAAACGACGUACAACGUUCUUCGAAUGUUGAAAAAUAAAAACGAACUGGACGCUACAAUUGUUAUAGACUCUUUUCGGAUUCCCAGCAACAAAAAAAAAACUACCUAAAUAAUCAAGUAAAGUUAUGAAAACGAUACAGACAAACACACAUACAUACACACACUCAGUACUGCAACAACACACUAUGCAAAUGCAAAGUAUUCAGGUUAGAAAUUAAUGGCAAUUUAAAAUGGCUAAUAAAAAAGAAGAUGAAAAAAAAACUUACACGAAACAGACUACUAACGAAAAGCAGCGGUAAAAAGGAUAAACACUAGUCUAGGCACAUUUGGAAAUAGGUUCGCAUAUGGAACAGAUAAAAUUAAAAUGCAAUGAAAAUUAUAUACUCAGUGACGUACACGCACAGCAAAAAAAACAUAACAAAUACUAAGCAGCAAAAGGAAACUAUAGGAAAGUGAGAAAAGGGGGGAAAAACAAACAACCAUGGCAGACAUUUUUCGGUCGGAAUUGUGACGACGCAAGUGAAACACUAACGAGGAAACGAUUUAUUGGCAAAAUUCGGUACGACGACUAGGCUGACCGCGGUACUGGGCACGGUGAUCAUGCAAAAUGGUGUAUUUUGAUUUUGUUUUUGGGAUUUUAUUUUCAUUUUUGUCUCGGAAAGAUGGCAAACUCUACUGCUGCAAGCGUACACAAGUCUUAUGUAAAAGUAGAAUAGGAUGUAUGCAAAACUAAAGCAUAAACACUAUGAUAACAAAUUGUACGGAUUAAAGAAGAAACAAAACAAACAAACAAACAAAACAGCCACAGCAAGCAACGACACAUACUAGUGUGCAAACCUUAGGCUUUUUGGUGGUCAGUUGUGUCUGUACAUAUUGGACAAGGUGGGACGAAAUGAAUGGGGGGUUUGAUCAAAAAGGGGGCGAGGGUGAAUGAAAAGUAAGACAUGCGUAUCCACACAAACAAACGUACACACACACAUAAACAACAACAAACAUACCGAUCAUACACUCACUCAGUCCGACGGACAUUAAGUCAAAGUUUAGUCAACGCAACUAUUUCACUGGAUAAUAAAACGUGUUUAGUAGGAAAACUAAAACAAAACAAAUCGGUACCGAAUGAGCAAAAAAGCUAGAAAUUCCAAUUUACAGUACCGAAGCUGUGGGAAAAUGUGGGGGUAAAAAACGUGAAAAGUAAAAUGAAAAAAGAAUAAAGGGUGGCGAAGGAAAAGAAAAAAAACAACUGAAACUAGUAAUAGUAAAUAUAAGAAUAAAGUAACACACAAAAAACUGAUAAUAAUAGUAGAGCACGAAUGGGGGAACGAAUGAAAAAAGGAACUGAAUUUAAUGGAGAUAGAGAAAGCAUAGUCAAAUGCAAAGUAAGUGUUGCGCAGGAAAUGGAAAAUGAGAAGGAAAAAAAAAACAAAACAAACGUGUGAUGAUGGGUUUUGAUGAGCAUGGCGCAUGAAGAGACAAGCAGUGAAAACAAGAGACAAGAACGACAGUAAGGAACGGAAAUACGAACACGCAAAAAAGAAAAACAAAAAAACCAAGGACGAGUAGAACGAAAGGAAAUAAAAAUUACAAGUAAUCUGUGUAUAAAUUAUGAUAAUUUAAUUAUUUAAUUAAAGAACAGAAACAAAGAGUAGACAACACAUAAAUACGAAUACAUAAACACAAACACGAAUAACUAACUAACGCAAACUAUACUAGAGACUUUGAAACGCAUCAGUAACACUAAACUGGACCUACACCAUAUACAAACACACAUACAGCAAACGUAUACAAACCGAUACAAAUACACGCCAAAAGACGCAAAGCAGGAAGUAUGAACAUGAGAAAAAAAAACACUGUGGAAAAACGUAAAACCUGAUCGUGCGAAAAUAUGAAAAGAAAAGAAGACAAACAAAGCGAAAAACGCGAUCGUAAUCGCGACGAAGACAGAAGAACUUGGGAGAGCACGUGAAGGGUGAUGUGAUGAUCAUCAUCACCACAAAAGGAGAAAAAAACUGUAUGUAUCGAUAGGAGAAGGAAAGGGAGACAGAGGGGGAUGGGAAGGAUGAUUGGAGAGCACUGGUCGGCGGAAAAGCCGAAGCAAAAUCAAAGAGAAGAAAAUAAUAAUCGCAAAAAAAUGGUUAAAACAAAA